AUCUGUAGCAACCUCUUCUGCUCGCUGCCUGUGGUAGCUCCUGUUUCAUAAUGUAUUUCUCCUACGGUCACAUUAGCAGUCUGAAAUGAAUCUACGAGGGCAUUUUCCCUCUGAGAUCUGUUCCCAAGCGCCCGAUACAAGUUCUCUAUUAUUAUUCCCACGGGCACAUGGUCGGCGUGACGUUCGCUGCGAAGGGUUCACCACGCGGCGUGCGAUCAUUGGAGUGGUGGCGGCAGCCCGUCCUCAGAUGGCAGCACCCUCGUCAUCCCGAUCACAAUCACAAUCAUAAUCCCGACAACAACGCCGAUAUUCUUCAUGUCAAGGCGGGGGCACACGCAGUUUCGCCUUCCCACCACUCGCCCUCUCUCAAAAGCCCCCCUAAGUCGGCGUCUUUUCCGGCGGGGAUCGCGGCGUCGCGCCAGCUGCACGGCAGCGUCACGGUGGCGGGGGGCUGCUGCCUGACUCUCGUGCUGCUGCUCGCCUACCUCUUCCUGCCGGCCGGCCCCCUGUUCCCUUCUCUCAACGAGUCCUUCUCGCGCUUGCUCUUCCGCGGCGCUCCGCGCGACUGUGACCCUCUCCAGCCCUCCCCAUUCCCCACCUCCCCCUGCGCCGCGCGCAGCCCUCCCCCGCCCUGCGCGCACCCGGAUCCCCUCUGCUGCGCCUCCCCCCCAAGCUCCCCGAACGCGCCCUCCCCCGCCCCCCCCGCGAACGUGAGCGUAUGGCGGGAGCAGCUGGCGGGCGUGGUGUUGGCGAUUCUGUACAACCGCGCGCCGCUGGUGAACGCGUCGGUGGCGCUGCUAAGGCGCGUGUACGGGCGCGUGUUCCACGACAUUGUGGUGUACUCCGACCAGGCCAUUCCCGAGCUGGGCGUGCUGCAGCUGCGCAGCGUGCCAGGGAUGGCCAGUGCCAGUGGCAAUGCGGAUGGGAACAGCAGCAGCGGCAGUGGCAGCAGGGAGCGCACGCCGUGGUACGUGGCGCACGCGACGCUGGCGGACGUGUUUGAGCGCUACCCCACCGCUGCAGGGGUGCUCUGGUCCAACGAUGACGUCAUCCUCAACUACUGGAACCUUGCUGCAGGGAACAAGUCGCGUAUCUGGUUCCCCAACAACCCAGCCCUCACGUACCGCUGGGUGUCAUUCUCCCCUUCGGGCCCUUCCAUCCCCAACACGCCCGACUGGACCCGCGACCUCGCAAUAAGACAGGAAGUGCAGGCAGCGAUCGCCAGCCUGGCGCCGCCCAUGCGGCACCGGUUCAAGGAGGCAACACUGCCGCACAAGAGGAUGUACACCAAGAGGAUAGCGGACCUGGUGUACAUCCCCAUGCGCCAUGCUCCGCUCAUCUCCUCUCAGUUGCUACCAGCGUUCAGCAAAGUGCACUCUGAGGUGGCCAUCGGCAACUUGCUGCUGUGUGUGGAGCCCUUCCCAGAGUGGGACCCGGUGCUCGACCGCAUGAAGUAUCUGUGGGACGACGGGAGGAACCACACCAAUGCCUCCUACUCCACGGACAUACCGGCCCUGCACCCCUGGAAGCUGAGCACACGGGAGGCCCAGCAGCUGCUGCUGCGGCGCAUGAUGGAAGCCGACCCCUCACUUGAUGCUGUUUACCGGGAAUUCUUUUGUGGAUGAAAGGGUGUACUAUGGAGAGAAGCCUUCAUACCUAUGCAUUUUUUGCUUGUUGGGCUGAGAAAAACCCU